AUGGAUGAAUCGUUUUGUCCAAGAAUGGUCAGACGCAUAUCAGGAAUAGAGAGUCUCAGAAUCAAUACUUCCGUGCCACAAUAUGUGUCGCAGGCGACAAGUAGCUCGGCACCGGAAUGUCAAUAUCCCAUAUCAGAUUCUCUACGCGCCUCAAUAGAUCUUGAUCUUGGAGAAGUCGGACACCGGGUCAAUGUCGCCAACCAAAAAUCGUCUCCAGAAAUACUUUGGGCUUCAUCGUCAACAUACAAGGCGACCACUAUAAUGGCUUUCCGGGGACGUAGUUCGACUAAGAUUAGGCAAAUAAUAGCGGCUGAACCUUUCAACGUCGCAAAAAUUGUUGAUGGCCAACCGGUGCAGAUGUUUAGAUAUCAUGAGUUACCAGUAGCUCCUAGAAUGCCAUGCCUUCCACUCAGCUCGAAUCCGGUCAACGUAAGUGAGCUCGAAUCGCCAAGUCCAAAUUCACAAUCCUCAUUGUGUCUUCAAAAUAGCUUGCCCCCAUGUCUCACUAUUAAGCUUCCUAAAUUGACAGCAACCACUGUAGAAGGUAGGAAAGUCGAUCCUUUAAUCAAACCACACCGUUCAGUCAGAACACCCCCCAUGUUCACCAGAGAAGCACAAGCAACCUUGAACGAAACGCAGGCUUGGAAAAUCUACGCGGAAAAAACACACAAGGCCUAUAUCAAGCUCAGCAACGCAGUCCAAGAAGUCGAAAACAUGGACCGACAACUUGAAGAAGAUAUUCAUCAACUCAAAGACAAGAACGAACAACUUGAGGAAGAGGUGCGAAAGUUCCGCGCGGCCCGUGCUGCUCCAAGCCAACAAAAAGCCUUUGCAGAACACUUUAAGAUGUUGUUCGAGAGAGAAUCGAAAAAGGUUGAGUCUCUCGAAAACGAACUCCAGAUUGCACUCAAACACUCAGCUGAAGAGUCCAAGAAGGUCGUCAUGCUUGAAAAAAAUGUUGAACUCGCAAUCAACCUCGCAGAUGCAUCCACAGCAUUAGCCGAAACCCUCCAGGCCAAUUUUUCAAAGCGAACAAUAUUACAACGAUCAUCGGAAUGGACUGAAAGCUGGAGCAAUUCGGAUGAAGCAAAGUUCAAUGUAGUCAAACUUCUCGCUUCAUCCUCAUCGUCAACGACUCCUUCGCUCGACAGCUCACCGAUGCCAUUAUCCUCUAAUAAUUGCACAGGCUGGAUGACAGCAGCGCAAAUCCUGGAGCUCCCUGUACCAGAGGAUUAUUCAGAUCUUGAGGUUUGCGAGGAAAUUCCAUCAAAAAGCGAUUCUCCGAUUCUGGUUGAGCUCCCAAUCAUUCUCGAAUCUCCAACCGAACUCCCAGGCACCUCCGAAUUCCCAAUUCUACCGAGCCCUACAUUCACCCUCAAUAAGACUCUCUUUUGUCCUACCGUUCCCCGCAUCUCCAUUUCUCCAUCUUUUACACUUAGCUCAGCUGCGUCCGCAAGUCUAGAUUGGUGUCCGAGUUUGGCUACAUGGGAAUGGUGCAGUGUGCCGGAUUUGAGGUUGACAGACUUUGCGAAGGAAGACAAGAAGAGAAGAAGAUGCUCCGGGAGAGUUUUCGAAGGAACGGAGUUGGCGAGUUUCAGAUUGGGUGAUUGCUCUGGUAGCUGUGCUUGA